GCUUCUUCUCUGUAAGUAGAUUUUCUUUAAUGGUUGUUGGAUAUUGAUUAGGUAGGGAAUUAAAUGGACUUUAGGUUUGAAGUGAUGUAGUUUGCGUGGUUGUUUUAGUUUUAGGUGUGGAUAUUGAUUGCCAUUAACAACAACAUACAUUUAAAAACUUAAAACUUCAACAACUAAAAAACUUUAACAACAUUUAAACUUGCCUUUAAAACUUUAACAACUAAAACUUUAAGAACUAUAAAACUGGACUCCUAAGCUAUUGCCUUCGCCAAAGCUAAUGGAUCCAUAUAGCCAACAUUCUAGCUUUCAAAACCUCUUAAACAGUCAAAACCCGAACAUCACUCAACACCCUUAUCAGUCUGUCCCUCUUGAGCCUAGUGUUGACCUCUCUGCGUCUGAUGCCUCUGUGUUCGGUUCACAAUGGACUGAAGAUGGCCAUGAAGAUGCAGAGACUGUGUCUGACCGUAAAGAGAGACGUAAAUGGUCACCAACAGAAGAUGGUGUGCUAAUAAGCGUUUGGUUGAACACCUCCAAAGACGCAGUGGUUGGGAAUGAGCAGAAAGCAAUUGCGUUUUGGAAACGAAUUGUUUCUUAUUUUGCUGCGAGUCCAAAGGUGGAUGGUUCUCAAAAGAGGGAGGCAACGCACUGUAAACAAAGGUGGGGGAAGAUUAAUGAAGGCAUAUGUAAGUUUGUUGGAUGUUAUGAAGCUGCAACAAAACAGAGAUCGAGUGGACAAAAUGAGAAUGACGUUUUGAAGAUGGCCCACGAGAUUUUCUACAAUGACUACAAGGUAAAAUUCACAUUGGAACAUGCGUGGUUGGAACUCCGCCAUGAUCAGAAAUGGUGUGGAGCUUCUUCAACUAAGGAUAAAGUUCAUUCUAAAAGAAGGAAGUUAGAUGAUCAAAGCGCACAUUCAUCAACGUGUGUGCCAGGAGAGGAUGAGCAACGGCCUAUUGGUGUGAAGGCAGCCAAGGUGAAAGGAAAAAGGUCAGUGAGCAAGCAAACGAACUUGGAAGAGGAAGGAAAAGAGAUUCAGAGCAUGUGGGAGCUUAGGCAGAAGGACUUUGCUCUCAAGGAUGCUCUAAACAAGCAAAAAUUGCUUGACAGCCUAAUUACCAAGACUGAGCCUUUAAGUGAACUCGAAAGUGCCUUACAAAAUAAGCUUAUUAAGGAUAUGUUGACAAGUUAGUUUGAGUGUUAAGUUGUGUGUCUUUAAGCAUUUUCUUCUAUGUCUUUAUGCAUUUGCUUAUCUGUCUUUAUGCUUCUUGUUUCUCUGAACUUGUAUCGACUCUUUGUAAUGUGUGAAAUAUGACUCUAGACUCUUAAUGUUGAAUCUUAAUGUAUAAUAUUGGUUCUGUUAGUAUGUUUAAUAUGACUCUCGACUCUCUCUGUGUUAAUGCCUUGUUUUUCUCUUGGU